UGCCGGCCCUGACACAUUCGACAAGCGGCUCCGUAACGGGAAACAACGUGCGACUGGGGACCUCGAAGGACCUCUCCGCUGGUCACGAGAUACGCUUGAGACGUCUCGGCGACGACGAUAAUACGUGCCAGGGUGCCUCCGACGAGUGCUCAGAUUACCACUGCAUACGUUCACGUGUCCCAAUAUAUCAUCAUCAAGUAGAAAAAAUCGUAAAUCAAUUUCGAAGAAAGCAUCAUCAUAGAGACGAUCGAAGAGAGGGUUGAAGAGAUAACGCAUGACGUCCGGUACGAGAUCUGCGAAUAUGCGGCGCAUCGUGUAGAAAGUGAUUAACAACCGGUGAUAAAGAUCCGCGAGAUUUGGCGAGAAGCAACGCGAAUCGAGAUAGAGAAAGAGAAGAGACACUUUCGCGAUUCUGCGCGAGCGAACGAGAACUGUCAUCCAGUGAGAACAGUGCAUUGUGAGACGCAACCCCUUAGUGCGCGCUCGUAUCGCGAACUCGUGGCACGCACGUUUCGGACGCAUGUGCAUCGACACGCGGUCGGUGCGCCCGGUUUGACGGUGCAACCCGGAACGACGCGACACCGUCAGUGGUGAGCGGACAUUCAUGCACCGCCACGGGCUACCGGCCGCUGGCGUUCAAGUGAUAACAAUUCAUGCGCGCAUCUAAAGAAACGUGGCACCGAACAUUUUCGCUCUGACGGAGAGACAACCAGUGGAGUCUCUCGCGGAAGCGCGAAGGGGUGGCGAACGAGGAGGCGACGAAGGUUUCUGCAAAGAGUGGCAACGCGAAGGAGGAAGCCUGUUGCCCCAAGAGAGUCCCUACGGCCUCACCACGCGGUCCGACGAGUGGAGCAGUCUCCUGCCCAGCUCCACGAUCGUGGGUGCUGGGGGCUCGGCAUGGCUCGGACUCGGCGCCGGGGGUGGUACCGGAGCCACCACGGGAGGCGGAAGUCCCGUCGAGCUCGAGGGUCACUGGGGACGUAAACUGUACGGUGCGAGUGUGGCACCGCCACCCCCGCCGCCUCAUCAUCAUCCACGGGCGCCGUUGGUUUUCGCGCCUCAAGAUAUGAGGCAGAUACUGAAGGAGGAACCUGUACCACGUGCUUGGCCGCAGCCCGCGCUCGCCGACAACGGAACGGUUGGCGUGGGCCGGGCGCAUUUCGAGAAACAACCACCGAGCAAUCUGAGGAAAAGCAAUUUUUUCCAUUUCGUAAUCGCACUUUACGAUCGACAUGGCCAACCGAUCGAGAUUGAGAGGACGUCGUUCAUGGGUUUCGUCGAGAAAGAUCAGGAGUCUGAAGGCCAGAAAACAAACAACGGUAUCCAGUACAGUCUUCAUCUACUCUAUUCCAAUGGUGUCAGACAGGUCCAGGAUAUUUACGUCAGGCUUAUAGACUCCGCGACAAAACAAGCAAUCAUGUACGAGGGACAAGAUAAGAAUCCGGAAAUGUGCCGCGUUCUUCUAACGCAUGAAGUUAUGUGCAGUCGAUGCUGCGAUAAGAAAAGCUGCGGCAACAGGAACGAAACACCCAGCGAUCCUGUCAUCAUCGACCGGGAACAGCAGUUUGAUGUAAUCGGUCCAUCGAUUGAUCGAAACUCAAAACGUGACGGCAUCGAUCGACGUAUAGGCGGAUUGCGAGAACAGUCCUAG